AUGGACGGAGAUCAUGAGGAGCAAUUAGAAAUCAGGUUCAGAUUGGGAGAUGGAUCAGACAUUGGUCCAAAGAGCUACUCAAUGGCUACUACUGUGAUCGCUUUGAAGGAAAGCAUUAUUGCUGAAUGGCCUAAAGAAAUGGAGAACCAACCAAGAACUGUAAAUGACCUGACACUGAUCAAUGCUGGAAGAAUACUUGAAAACAAGAACACAUUGGAAGAGUGCAGGAGCACUAUAUUUGAUCUCACAACUGCUACAACUAUGCAUGUCGUCGUUCGACCGCCACCUUCGAUCGAACGAGAAAUCAAGAAGAAGAGAUCGAAAAAAUCGAAGGGGAAUGAAUGCGAAUGCGUGAUUUUAUGAAUCAUGGGG